AUGCGGUGCCACGGAUCGACGGACUUGGAGCUACGACACGGCUGUCCGCGGUCUCAACAGUCUCGGCGACGGCUGAUUUCGGCCGUCCUCGCGGUCGCUGCUCUGUUGACAUUGCCUGCGCUGCGCUGCGCUUUUGCAGGCCCGGAGGUGUCUCAGAGACGAAGUCUCGUUGGAAGAAAUGCCGAGGACGAGGACGCCAGGACCGUCAAGCUCUACACGCUGGAAGUUGGCCGCACGGACCACUACGUCUGGAGAGACAAGGAUGUCUUUGUUGGCAUCGUGGCUGAUGCCGGCGAGUGGACUGUCGACAUAGAUGCCGUCCGAGCUGGCUUCGACGAGGCCUGCGAGAGUGGGACUGCGGAGCUCUUCUCGGCUCCACUCAAUGUCGUCAAGGACUACGUCAAGGAGUUGACAUCUUAUGGCCUCGCAGCGCGAGCGAAGGAAGCAGCGGCCGGAGCGGAAGAGAGUUCCUACAGCAGGCGAAGCUUCAAGGACCUCUCCCCGGAACUAAAGGAAGCCGCCCGGGAAAGCGGCGUGGCCGAGGCAGAGGCUUCUGGCAAGCCCAUGCAGAUAGUCCUUCAGAAGUGCGAUCAUCCCACCUUGGAUGGUUCCAAGAGAGCCAUGCAAAAGUUUAAAGCAUAUGUGGAAUUGGCAACAGAUGCGGCCCAACGCUGGCUUCCAUCAGAUGCCGAGCUGAAUCAGUGCCCCUGGGGCCUUCAUGUCACAUCACGUGCGACACUUGGGAGCAGUUGGGAUACCGUCCAACGUGAUUUGCGUACAACGCAGCUUAUGCAGGCAAAACCAUGCUGCGGUCUCACGUUUAAUGAGCAGAGCAGCAGACCCUGCAAGAUUCGAAGGUAA